ACUCAGAAUCACUUCAAACCUACUAGAAACCUACUUCAUCACUCAGAUCAAGAAAGGAGUCGCCACAGCACUGCAGGGAAGCAAUGGCAAUGUCAAGGUUCAACCAAGCCCGUAGGAGCAUCACUAAAGCAAAGGAUUUCAGAGAUGACAUCGCAAUUUUAAUGCAUCCCUAUGCAAACUGGGAAGAAUAUCUGACACCAGCUCCCCUUUCCAUCGCUUUACUGGGACAGCUGAUCCGUAUUUCUGCUGUGGAUGAUUUCUCCAUCAAUAAAAACCCUCCUAAAGAUGGCUUCAAGUUUAUCAGAUAUCCUGACUCUUUCAAGGCCUGCCUCUUUCAAGUAUGCAAUGCUGGGUGGCAAGCUUUCAAUGACGCUCACAAGAACAUGGACCAAAUUCGUCUGUACACUGGACAGGUUCCAGACCACAUCAAAAAUGUAGUUGGGAUCAUUGUCCAGGAGGAUACUGGUCUUGUCCAACACUUCCUACCAGCUGAACUUGAGAACAUUGAGCGCAUAUCAUCAGAAUGCUUACAACUGGCUGAAAAAACUGAGGGAAAGUUCUCAGAGGUCAUUAAUUUGAUGCAAGAAUUAGUGGAGGCUUUAGUCAAUGCAAGACAGAGUUAUGAUGUGGAAUUACAAGAAAUAAAAAAAAACAUUGAAAUAGCAAAGAUGAGAAAGGAUUCCGCUGAGGAGGCAAAAAAGUUGGCUGACAAAGCUUUUAAAAAUCUUGAGAAAAGGUUGAUUAAGGCCGAGGAUGAGUACAAGAAAGCUUUAGACAGAAUACCAUCUGGAUGGGAACUGUUUGGAAUGCAGCUCUUGUCAAGUGUAUCAGAGACAGCAAUGACAGUAGCAGUUAGUUAUGCGACAACAAAGUUUUCAGGUCCAAUUGCUGGUUACAUCUCUGCUGGAGUUGGUGCACUUCCAGUCAUAACUGGUGGGAUUCGGGAUAUAAUCAAAGCAACCAAAGAAGGAAGUACCACAAGUGACACAAGCCCUGCAAACCAGAUGCAGGUAAAAGAGGUAAUGUCAGCUUACAAUGUCUUUGCUCGAUCAGGACAGAUUCUGGUACUGAGUGCAAAAAUGAAUGAAUUCUACAAUGGGAACAAACUAAAUUGGACUGAAUUGUAUGACCAGAAGAAUGAAACGGUUAAAUCUGAUUUUGUGAAGAAGAUGUUUGCGAAAACCAAACAGGAUUUAAUCACAGAAGAAGAAAGUCGGUUCAAAACUGAAGCCUUGAACAUCUGUGAGAAGGGUAUCUCCAUUUGCACAGAGCUGGCUAAAUGUGCCCCAAGUAAGGAAUGCGAUGAUGCCACAACAAUGAAACUGAUCGAGGACAUUACAAGCCUUAACAAUGCAGCACAGGUCUUUGACUCCAAAAGCAAGUUGUACACCAAUCGUCCACCUCUGCCAGUAGAACCGCCUCACUCCACUAAACAGCAGACUAGUGAUUCUCCAGAGUCGCUCCAUGUUAAUCUAGCCCGACUCCGAGUCGAACAAAGUGAGGUCAUGUUGAACAAAGUGACAGAAAUGUAUGAAAAGGCUUCCGAGAACAUGGAGAAGAAGAACACACUGCUGUUGAACAUUAUGACGGAGCUGAAGCGUCUUGAGCCCAAGGAGAUUGACUUUGAGAAAAAAAUCAAAGCUCUGGCAAAGGGCCUGGAGGCAAUGGGACAAGUUAAAGAACAGUGGGAAAAACUGGUGCACUUCUUCCAGCUCAUUACAAACAUUGUCAAGACUAUUCUGACUCAUCAUCUCAACAGUUUUACUCAGACCGUUGAGUUAGCUGUGAAGCACAGCUACACCUUUGACAAAUUUAUUAAAGAUAAGAUCUACACUAACACCUUGAAUGCCUCUGCUUAUGCCUAUCUGGUUAACAUGAUCUCCACUACUUACACAGAGGUGUCUGUAGAGCACCUGAUGGACAGUGUGAGCACUCUGGGAAAACUGAUGACUAUGGAUCCUAACAGCAUAGCAUUCCAUAGUGAGAUGGCAAAAUUUGAUGUUAAUUGCACAAAAGCAGAAGAAAGUAUCAGAGGAAUUGCAGCCAAAAAUAAAAAAGAUUUUCAGCUCAGAUGCCAGGACAGAAUCCUCCAAAUCCAGACAGUACUGAAGCCAGCACUGCCCCCAAUCUCUGAGGAGGCGAAUGAGAAACAGAAGAAAAUAAUACAAGAGGCAAUGAAGGCACUACCUCAAGAAGAGAAGGAGACAAAACCUGUGGUGAUGACUGAGCUCAUGUCAAAGGAAGAGGCUGAUCAGUUUGCUUGAAGGUGUCCAGCCCAAUGAUGCCAAUGUAAUGCUUGAUUUUUAAACUCCUUUUAUGAUUUUUAAACUCCUUUAAUUGUUCUAUCAUUCUUUUAAUCAUUUACGACUAAUGAAAAGAAUAUGACAAAACUAUGAAUAGAUUUACUUUUCUCAUCUCCCUCUUCAUCUUUCUGAAUUUAUUCUGUUAAUCAAUAAAAUUAACUGCAGCAUCAUA